UCUCUCUCUCUCUCUCUCUCUGUGUUCCAGAGGCCCCCAGCAAACGGGCCAGGCAGCCCGCCUUGCUAGGCGACGCCCCUUCUGGCUUCGGUAACACGCGAGGCUCCGAGUGCAGGAGGACAGGCUCUGGCUACCCACCUUCAUCAUAUCACAGCUAUUACGAAGAUGAGGAUGACUACGGGCCAAUAUCUCACUACGAGGGGAGGGGAAUGGGACCCCCCCCACCACCUCCUCCCCCACCAAUGGGGGGCUCGCGAAGAGGCCCGUCCCGGCGCUAUGGACAUCCGUACGGCCCCCCGCUCCCUCCCCUGCACGAUGAUUACGGCCCCCUGGCUGACAGUCCGGUGCUGAUUGUCUACGGGCUGGACAUGAAGAGGUUAAACGCAGACCGAGUGUUCAGCAUCUUCUGUCUGUACGGCAAUGUGCAUAAGGUGAAGUUCUUGAAGAGCAAGCCUGGGGCUGCUAUGGUGGAGAUGGGAGAUGGGUUUGCAGUCGACCGAGCCCUGACUUGCCUCAACACCAACAGCUACCUGUUUGACCAACAACUAAAUGUCUGUGUAUCCAAACAGAAGGUCAUAGUCCCCGGUCAGUCGUUUGAGAUGGAAGACGGCUCUUGUAGUUUCAAGGACUUCUCCAACAACCGGAACAACCGGUUCACGAACAUGAAGCAAGCCGCCAAAAAUCGCAUCCAGAAACCCAACAACAUGCUUCACUUCUUCAGCGCUCCUCCGACAAUCACAGAGGAGAUAUUCUAUCAGAUUUCUGAUGAGCUUGAGGUGAAGAAGCCGAAAAGUAUUAUAUUUUUUAGCGGGAAAAAUGUGUCAAAGUCAACCCAAGGUGAGAAGAGUUCUUCUGGCUUGCUGGAGUAUGAAUCGAAGAGUGAUGCUUUAGAGGCUCUUGUUAUGCUCAAUCACUACAGGCUAAAAAAUCCAGAUGGACCAGAUCUGUUCACUCUCAAGCUGUGUUUCUCCACCACCUAAUCCCGACUGAGCCCAGAGACGUCAAGGCCCCCUCAACGAUCAUUGCUUUCCACGUAAAACAAUUUUUGUUCCCCCCGAGUCCAAACGAUAAUUUUUUUUUUUUUUCUUUUUUUUUUUUAUUCACCGGAUGCGGCGGCUUCUUGGAGUACAAUUUGUAUGUUUUUCAGCCAGACGGCAGAAUUUUGUUAUACUCUGUCCUGUAGUUUUUCUUAGAAUUAUUGGUUAACAAACGUGUGUUGCAUUCCGUGAUUCAAGUGUUGAAGAUUGUGUGAUUGUUGAAUUACUGAAAGACGCACUCACUCCUGCACUGUGUAAAACUGUACACUAAGUGUGACAGCUAUUAAGUAUUAAGUAAAAAGGUCCUUUCAGUC